ACCAUGAGCUGGAGCUUCCUCACGCGGCUGCUGGAGGAGAUCCACAACCACUCCACCUUCGUGGGGAAGCUGUGGCUCACCGUGCUCAUCGUCUUCCGCAUCGUUCUCACUGCCGUUGGGGGAGAAUCCAUCUACUACGACGAACAGAGCAAGUUUGUCUGCAACUCGGGCCAGCCGGGCUGCGAGAAUGUCUGCUACGACGCCUUCGCCCCUCUGUCUCACGUCCGUUUCUGGGUCUUCCAGAUUAUCUUGGUGGCGAUGCCUUCUCUCAUGUACAUGGGCUACGCUGUCAACAAGAUCGCACGGUUAGAGGAAGCCAAAGGAGGAGGUGGCUCUGCUGCUGUUAGAACAGGAGGAGGGGGCUACACGCACAGGAAGCCCAGGAAAAUCUGCUUUGGCGCACGGCAGCACCGCGGCAUCGAGGAGACCGAGGAGGACCAGGAGGAUGAUCCCAUGAUCUAUGAGGUGCCGGAGAUCGAGCCUCCGAAAAGGCCGCGGGAUCCACUGCAACCCACGCCCAGACCCAAAGUCCGGCAUGAUGGCCGCAAGCGUAUCCAAGAUGAGGGGCUGAUGCGGGUCUAUGUAUUGCAGCUGGUGACUCGCACAGUUCUAGAAGCAGGCUUCCUUGCGGGCCAGUAUUUGCUGUAUGGGUUCCGUGUGACUCCCGUGUUCGUGUGCUCGGGGAAACCUUGUCCCCACAGCGUUGACUGCUUUGUGUCCCGGCCUACAGAGAAGACCAUCUUCCUGCGCAUCAUGUACGGCGUCACCGUCCUUUGUCUCGUGCUCAAUGUUUGGGAGAUGCUCCACUUGGGGAUCGGCUCCAUCUGUGACAUUCUUCGCCGUCGGCGCUGCCCUCCUCAGGAGGAUGAGUACCAGUUGGGCUUGCUGGGCACCAACGGGGGUGUGGAGGGUUCAGUAGGGGGGACAGGGCCUGAGGCAGGGUCUGAGGGAGGAGUGGGUGGAGACGGGGCUGCAGAUUACGUGGGUUACCCCUUCUCCUGGAACACCCCGUCGGCUCCACCUGGCUACAACAUUGUGGUAAAGCCAGAGCAGAUGCCCUACACGGACCUCAGCAACGCUAAGAUGGCAUGCAAGCAGAACCGGGCGAACAUCGCCCAAGAGGAGCAGCAGCAAUUUGGCAGCAAUGAGGACAACUUCCCCACUGGAGGGGAGGCCCGCGUGGCUUUGAACAAAGACAUGAUCCAGCAAGCUCACGAGCAGCUGGAGGCGGCCAUCCAGGCCUACAGUCAGCAGCACCGGGCAGAGGGGCAGCUUGGGGACAACCAGGACGACAAGCCCCAAAGCAAUAUCAUCCAGGCCCAACCGCAGCCACAGCCUCAGAAAGAGCGCAAGCAUAGAUUCAAGCACGGGAAAGGAGGCAGCAGUGGAGGAGGCAGCAGCAGCAACAGCAGCAGCAGCAAAUCAGGAGAGGGCAAGCCCUCUGUAUGGAUUUAA